GCGAAACGCUCUAAACGUCGUCAACUGACAGCAUCCGCGUGGCUUGGCCGGUGGGGGCUUGAGCGGCGCACAGGCGCAUACAUAACGACUCCGGCCAUGUUCCGGUUGCAAGCGCCUGGUCUCAGAGGAUGCGCGCGUUUUCCCGUGUCGUUUCGCUGCUAGCGCUCGCCGUCCGCAUCCAACUCGCCCGCGGCUCGACUGUGCCUGGAUGUCCCGACCUCGGAUCCUUGCCGCCGCAGGACGUAUUUGACUACAUUGUCGUCGGAUCUGGCGCUGGAGGCGGGCCACUUGCGGCUAGACUUGCGGAGAAUGGUUUUUCUGUUUUGGUCGUCGAGGCCGGCGACGAUGUGUGGAAAUACAACACCUCGAUCCCGGCUUUCUGGCCGCGUGCGACUGAGGAUCCGCAGCUCGAGCUGGCGUACGAUGUCGUCGAGUACAGCACACCGGGAUCUAGAGUGGCUUGGUAUCCACGCUCGCGGGGCAUCGGCGGCUCGACGUUGCACAAUGCGAUGAUCAAUGUGAUCGGAGGAACCAAGGCUGACUUCGAUUCUGUUUCUACGAUGUUUGAUGAUCCGUCGUGGACACGGACGAACAUGCAAUCGUACUACAAGAAGAUCGAGCACAACGAAGACCUGAUUCCGCCUUUGCUGACCGCGGGGGAUCACGGCUUCGACGGGUGGCUCGAAACGUCGAGUCUGCCGUAUCUCGACUUGUUGAAUCAUCUGGAUAUUUUGGACCCUCAGCUGAUCGCCCUGGUGUCCGCGCUGGCACUGACCGCGCCCCCGAUUCUCGAUCUUAACAGCGUGUCCGGUGACGGAAGCGCGGGUCUGCUCUUCCCCAGCUUCACGAUCAACUCGACUCGGGAGCGCUCCUCCGUCUAUGCUCGUCUGAAAUCAGUGCAACGAGUAAAUGAACCGAAACUUCAGUUUAUAACGGACACUUUGGCGACGCGGGUUCUGUUAUGUCAGCCUGCGGCGUCCGGCUCCCAGCCCAAGGCAUACGGAGUGGAGAUCGCACCCGGGGCGGCCCUCCCAGUCGCGUUGGGAAACUUUGCGGGGAAACAGAACCUGGCUGUUCAGAAUGUCUACGCCAAACGCGAGGUCAUCCUAUCAGCAGGUGUGUUCCAGAGUCCGCAAUUACUAAUGCUCUCGGGGAUUGGUAAGACGACUCAACUGGCCGAGUUCGGAAUUGACACCGUCGUCGAUCUUCCGGGGGUCGGUGCCAAUCUACAAGACCACGACGAGAUCACCAUCAUAUGGAACCUGACGCAAAAAUUCAAGUUUUUCGACGGCUGCACGUUCCAGUCAAACAGGAGCACCGACCCGUGCCUCGCCGACUGGCUCGACUCGGGCCACCACAACAUCUAUUCGUUCGAUCCUGUCCUGAACGCCUUCCUCACCACGUCCGACCCGGGUCUGUCAGCUCCCAACAUGUUCACCUACCUGAGCCCGGUCUGCGUCAAGGGCAUCGUCCCGAAUUUCGCCGAAGACGCGUACUCGCACCCGAACGCCCUCUCCGCCAUCGUCCUCCUCGCGCACCCCUCCUCUCGGGGCUCCGUCACGCUCACCGGUCCGCACCCACAGGACCCGCUGUCGAUCCACAAGCGGCACUUCGAGGCCCCCGGCGGGGACGCGGACAUCCGCGCGCUGGUCGGCGGACUGGAGGCCAUGCGCAAAUUCGCAAGCAGCAGUCUGAUCAGUGGGUUCAUCGAUAAGGAGAUAUUCCCAGGCCCGAACGUUAGCUUGCGCGAUCACGUGCUACAGCAUGUCUUCGGACACCACCUUUGCUGCACCAAUAAGAUGGGGGUGAAAGACGAUAAGAUGGCGGUUCUGGACGGCGACUUCCGGGUUUAUGGUGUGGAUGCCCUGCGGGUGGUUGAUCUCAGCUCUUGGGCCGACGUACCAGGUUUCUUCGUCACGACCCCUACAUAUAUGAUAUCCGAGAAGGCAGCCGACUCCAUAAUGAAUGACGCGAGAUCUUCAGGCCGUCCGUAGAUGAAGCGAUUCAAAUUCCAACUUGUGGCGGUGUCGCAUAUAUUGAACCGUGGGAAUAAUCACAAAUGAACUUUAGCCUCCAUCAUUCUUCCGUACACUUGGAAAUGAGACGAGCCCUCAUUGAAUUUGAACAUAGAACUCUCAAUUUAUUCAAAUCCACUCCUUUGAUUCAUUGCAGUCCAGAAGGAAAGCCAAGACUUGGAGCCCACACACUGCAGUGGACGCUUGGCCGAUAAGCAUCCUCUCGGGACCGCCUUGUCUACUCGAAACCGAUGCAGAGUUGAGGAGUGUGGUCAGUAGUACCUGUCGCCAUCUGAACUUGGCUCCAUUGGCAACCUGCGCUGUUUCAAACGGAUGCUCGCAAUUCUGCCGUGGGGGAUCCGUCGGCCCCGCUACCUUCCACCAAGUCCUGUCGCAACGAGCACUACGUUGUCCUGACUGGGAUCACACCAGCGCAUGCUCACGCGCCCGCCGUCGAGUUUCUCCCGAUCACGUCCUGUUCCUCGUCCCACGCUCUCGCACUUCUCCGAACUCGCACUGGCCAGCCGUAUCUCAGGAGUGACAGGUGGGAUGGGGCGAUCAGCACGCGCGGCGCACGACAGUUCUGAUUAUUUUGGGCUGAUCUGGUGCACCCAAUCCGAGUCGCGGCUGAUUGAGUGCGUGUGAGGUAUAUGACGGGCUUCUGUCCGAGCUGGGGACACUCCCCUCCAUUCCCCUACUUACUCACUCUUCUCUGCACCGACCUGAUGGAAGCCUCGAAAUUUGUUGUGGGAGAUUUGUGAUCUUCGCAGUUCGUCGGAACGAUGCUGAACUGGGGAUUACAAGGAACACUGGCUGUUCAAGUGUACAUCUACUUCGCCGCGUUCCCACGAGACAGUCGCGUGAACAAGCUGCUCGUCUCGCUCAUUUUCCUCGUAGACACUGUGCAAACCGCGGGUGAUACUCGGGGAACUUUGAUAUCGCUCGCGCGAGAUUGGGGGAACCCAGUGGCGUUGGAUACCGUCGGAUGGGCGUGGUUCAGUGUCCCGGUGCUGGGAUCGCUAAUCGCCGCUGUUGGCCAGAUAUUCUUCGCCUAUCGGAUCCUCGUCAUCAGCAACCGCAGCUGGGUCAUGCCCAUAAUCAUUUCUGCGAUCGCGCUUGUGCAGACUAGCGCGGGUAUCUGGACGGGGGUCCUGAUCCAGCAGACGGGCCGAUUUUCCCAGGCGCAUUUCGACAAAUUGAAGGCUCCUGUCGUUUGGCUGGGUGGAACAGCGCUCGCAGACGUCUUGAUUGUGGUCUCCACUAUCUACUAUCUGCGUAAAGCUCAAGACCCAGGGUUCCAUUCGAGUACUAAAGCGAUUGUAUCUCGGAUUAUCAAGGUCACAGUGGAAACAGGGCUGAUCUGCGCCGUCUUGGCCAUCAUCAUCCUGAGCCUCUACAUCAAGUUCGACGGAAACAACUUCCACCUCGGCGCCUGCAUGUGGCUGUCCAAAGCCUACUCCAACAGCAUGAUGGUCAUCCUCAACUCGCGCGCGGAAAUCGGACACACGCGGCCGCAGGAUGUGAGCUGGAAGAUGUCCGACUCGAUACAGCUUGCGUCGGGGUUGUCGGCCCGAACGAGCCAGAAGUCGCAUAGUGCUCAGGUCGAGCGGAGCAGGACCAAGUAUAACUCCGGCUUCGCUGUGCGGUCUGACACGACGCAUGUUGACUCGCAGAGGGGCUCGCACGAAAAGGCCGCCGAAUUUUCCGCCUGAUAUUCAGCACUUUAUCCAUUCGUUUUCUUAUGAUAUUGUACUUGCUGUGCUGUUUGUAUCCUGUUAAUGCAGUGUAUAUGUUCCCAGUCUUGAAGAUUGCAUUUUUUGAAUAC